CGGUAAGAAACUCCGGCGGAAUAUCAUACCUUGGCGUAGUUCACCUUAUGCGUAUGACUUCUUCGCGGCUCUUCUUCCUCUUCUUCUCCGAGUGGGAACAGAGACCAAACAAAGUAGAGGUCAAACGAUAAACAAAAAGGCGAUUCUGUGGAAAUUUUGAUGCUUCUCUUACAUUUAGACGGGUAGCAGAUGAUCGGUGGAAGGAAUCUUUGUGGUAAUUUGGCUUCUCGGAGAGGGCUUUGUGUUGGAACUGGAACAAUCUUUUAGCUUCCAAGAAUAAUCCCCAAGGAAAUGGGGGCAUUGGGGUAGUAGAUCUUGUGUCUGUGGGAUGGAUAAAGAUUAGAUUUUUGGGAUAUUAGCCUAUCUGAAAUGAGUUUAGUUCUUUAUUAAAAAAAAGGUUGAAUUUAGGACUAAAAGAUUUGUUGCGUUUGGCCUUCUGAGUAAAGAUUAGGAACGAACUUCAAAUACUAGAUUAAAAAUCAUUUCUAAUUAUAUUAGAAAUGAAUUCAAAGUUCAAGCGUGUUGCUGAAUAUUCAUCAAGUUCUCCUCAAAUCAUGGGAGAUACUGCUAGAAAACUCAGUAAAAGCCAGCCAUUUCCUCUAUUUAAUUCUUCGUCGGUUCAUUAUGAUCCAAGAACUACACCAUCUUUCCCUGAAAUGUCUCUUCUUGAUUCUCGAUCACAAAGUUUGUGCCUCCUUAGUCAUGAAGUUAAGAAGCAGGAUCAAUCAAAACCAAUCUCCUGGGUUAAAAGUCAAAUUCUGGAUUGGGAUCCGAAAGCGAUGCUAAACAACCUCUCCUUUCUUGAACAGAAGAUUCAUCAAGUUCAGGACAUAGUUCAUUCCAUUGCUAAUCAGGAUUCUCAGUUUUCUAACCAAGAAAAUGAGCUAGCAGCACAUCAGCAGCUUGUAACAGCUGAUCUCACUUGCAUAAUUAUUCAGCUUAUCUCCACAGCAGGCACUCUUCUUCCUUCCAUGAAGAACUCACUCACAACGGCUAACACCUUACUAGAGCCAUUGGGGAGCAUCACAACUUCUUCCAGUAUUUGCUUUAAUGAUAAUAUGCAGCAGAAGGAGACUGUUCCAUUAGAGAUGGCGAAAGCUUCAGAGUUCGAUGAACUUAUCAGAGGAUUAAGUGAUUGUGGAACUGAAGGAGAUGAACUGAUCAAAUGUUUAAAGAAUAGCAGCAGUGAAGUGGCAGAAUCCGCUCUCGUAGAAGAUCAUGAUUUGAAAGAUGCCGACGAAGGGGUGGACGGAGAAAACCUUCCUCCAGGUUCAUAUGAAGUCCUUCAGCUAGAAAAGGAGGAGAUUCUGGCGCCUCAUACUCACUUUUGUAUGAUAUGUGGUAAAGGAUUUAAAAGAGAUGCAAACCUCAGGAUGCACAUGAGAGGUCAUGGAGACGAGUACAAGAGCGCCGCAGCUCUUGCAAAACCAACCAAGGACUUGAACUCCGAACUGACGCCGAUUAGGCGAUACUCGUGUCCCUUCAUUGGAUGCAAGAGGAAUAAGGAUCAUAAGAAAUUUCUACCAUUGAAAACUAUUCUUUGUGUGAAGAACCAUUAUAAAAGAAGCCAUUGUGACAAGAAGUAUACUUGCAGUAGAUGCCAUACUAAGAAGUUCUCAGUUCUUGCUGAUCUGAAGACCCAUGAGAAGCACUGCGGCCGCGACAAAUGGCUUUGCUCAUGUGGAACAACAUUCUCAAGGAAGGAUAAGUUGUUUGGCCAUGUUGCUCUUUUUCAAGGCCACACUCCAGCUCUCCCCACAGAUGAGGGCAAAGCUGUAGGAGCAUUAGACCAUGGAAAUGAAAAUGAAGAAAAAGCUGUUCUUGUUAAAACUAGCUUGGAUGGUGGUGCUAAUGUUUUAGAUGUUAGAGGGGAUGAUGAUGAACGCGGCUUGUUUUCUCUUAUGAACUUUGAUUCUUUUAACUAUGGAGGUUUUGACGAAUUUUCGCAGCCAGGCUUUUGAUGCCUCAGAGGGUAUGGGUGACAGAGCUUUAUGACAACAAAUAGUAAGAAUUUGAGCUCCCAACGUUUGGGAUAACAACAAUGGCGGAAGGAAGAAGGCAAAAGCUUUGGCUGGUAAACUGAAAGUUCUUCAAGAUUAUGAUUUAGUUUGGGACGGCAUUUUUACUGUUUCUUAAAGCAACUUUUUCGUACAAAAAAUUAAUUUUUAUAUUAAAAAGCUGUUUCAAGAAGUAAGAAAAAAGCUGUUCCAAAUGAAGCUUACGUUGUUAGUGAUUUCAUGUCUUGUUAGUUUAUGUUUAGUUAUUGAAUGGAUGGAAUUAAACUCAAUAAAAUUUGAGUGGUUUUGAACAGAAUUGUUGGAUUUUAUUCUAACCAUUCAAUUUGUCUUGUAUGGGCCACCCAGCUGUAGAGAAUCCGAACAGACCGGACCCAUGAUAAUAAUGUCAAAUUAUUUAUACAGAUAUUUCAAAUCAAA